GUGGUAUUGUCCAAAAAUAAUUAAAUAGUGUUGCUACAUGCAUAGAAACAAUCAUAAUACAAUUUGUACAUCAUCAUUCAUAAAAGACAUAACUAAGACAAAUAGGAAGAAACAUUUGUGCACUAACAAGGAUAAUUGUUUUGUUUUUGUAUUGUGAUUCAAUUACAAAUAUAUAACUUAAAACGUGUGCAGCAACAACAACAGCAAAGACAUAAAAAAACAAUAAUUUUUAAUUCGGUGCAUCGGAAUUGAUGGGGAUGUUGAGGUCGAGAGGAUUAUUUGAGCAAAAGCACCAGAUCAGAUAUGAUGCGAAGUGGGACAUCCGAGGAGCAACUGCUUGAACAACAGCAGCAAGAAAUUGAAAUACUUAGACUCGCAAAAUUACGUGAAAUAGAAAAGAGACAAAAGUUUAGUGAAAGAACAUUUAAAGGAAAGAAUAUAAGAGAACAUAGCAUCUUUUACACUACCUGUGUGCUUGCAUUCUUCUCAGUAUCUGCUGGCUCGUCAAUUCUAUUCUUAGUUCCACUUUAUGUUGAUCCCGCAUUAUCAACACUUGCUGGUGAUUUUAUAUCUCGUCCAACUUUAUGUGUCACAACAAGACGUGAGGAUCUGACAGGCUUAUUAAAUUGUACAUGGAGCAGUUGUCGUGAAGGAUGUACAAGCGAUUAUUUUAAGUGCAGUCAUAUCUACGUCAAUUUUGUCGAUAUAGAUAAAAACGAAAAUUUUACUUAUCCAUAUAAUGCCACGUAUGAGGAGUUAGCUAAUUAUACUAUUGAUAUAGAGAAAUCAACAAUAGAGUCUGUGCUUCAAGUUAAUAUUAAAGGAUGCGGAUAUCCUCCAAGUGUACGUUGUAAAAACUUUACAGAUACAUUUGGAUAUGAAGGUGCAAUUUACCCUUGCUUCUAUUCAAGAAAAAAUAAAACUGUGGUUAUGACGUCAUAUAAUCGAGAUUCGCAAGUGAAUACUAUAAUACAUUUUUUCAUAGUGCCAUUUAUCAUAACGAUAAUAAGUAGUGUUGGGAUAUGCAUAAUACAUUGCAAUUGCUCGUGUAAAAAGGAACGUCCUAAAUAUCGACGACCAAGGGUAGAAAAUAUAAGUAUACGUUAUGGAGUUCAAAGUUAUCGACAUUCAAUUGUUGCUCACAGAGAUCUUCCUUCGUCAAAAAAGACAUCGGUUAUAUCACGUGCUGUAACGAUAUAG